AUGUCCAACGUUUCCGCUGAUCUCAUCUGGGAGGUGUCCCGCAACUACAACAGCUUCCUCGUGAAGCAGCGGACCGGCACCUUCUCCCGCGAUGCCCUCAACCUGACCAACCAGCACUCGCGCAAGCAUGCUGGCUUCGUCAACGACAAGGCCCUCGGCAUCGUUCCUGCUGAGAAGGGCGUCAAGGUGAUCGCCAAGAAGGUUAAGGCUGCCAACAAGCCUGCCUCCAGCCUCUACACUGUCACCUACAAGUCGACUGCUCGCAAGGCCUACAAGGCUAUCGCCAGCCAGGCUGCUAAGCACGGCUACCGCGCCGACCUCCGCCAGGCUGCUGUUGCCCGCGCCAGCGCCAUCCUCCGCUCUCAAAGGCCCGUCAAGCCCGAGCCCCCUAAGAAGCUCCGUGGUGCGGCUGCCCGCCGUGCCGCUGCUGCUGGCAAGCAGUAA